AUGAAAAACCAAAGCAGGCUUGUUCAUAAAACAAAGAGAAAAUUUAGUGUUUCAGCAGUGCCACAAACUGUAUAUCUUGGAUUGGAAUUAGACUAUGAUCAGGCUAAUCAAAAAAAAAUAGUUUAUGCUGUUUCUAUACAUGAUGGAUAUUAUACAGUUGAUUUUGAAUCUUCUUCAGUGGAUGUUUCCAAAUAUAAAACUGACCAAGAAAAAAUCAAUGGAGCCGUUGAUGUAAUAUUAGGAAAUAUUGCUUUAUAUGUUAAAACUCAAAAAUUCAAGGUUCAAGCUAUAGGUCUAGGUGCUUAUUUAAAAAAUCAAGAUGGAAAUGAUAUAAAAAAGUUAUUGUUCACAUCACCUAGUUUAGCAUCAAGAAUUUGGUUAGAACUUGAUGCAUUGCCAUUCAUUGUUCAUACAAAAGGCAGGACUGUUGAUGAGAGAGCUAGUUCUGCUGUUAGAAAAACUGUUGUUUGGAUGAGUCCUCUAACACCAGGAUCAAUUCCAAGAAUAUCAGUUGGCUAUAGGCAUGAAGUAGAGGUUGAUCUUAAUGGAAUGAUCAAAUUGGUUGAUUUGCUUCAUUAUGAAAAAACUGUUUGCCCUGAAACCUGGAGAGUAAUAAAUACUAUUGCAAAUGAGCUCAGAGCCAAAAAUACUUAUAUAUCAUUUUUUAAUGCCACUCCUCAAGGUGGUGGAGUUGCUUUGAUGAGACAUGCAAUUGUACGUUUAUGUCAUUUAUUAGAACUUAAUAUACACUGGUUUGUUGCCAAACCAAAACCUGAAAUUUUUGAUAUCACAAAAAGAAAAUUUCAUAAUGUUCUACAGGGUGUUUCUCCACCUAAUGUUAGACUAACAAAAUCCGAUAAGGAAGAAUUCAUUGCAUGGUCUAAUAAUAAUGCUAAAUGCUUCUGGAAUGAUGAUGAAGGUCCUAUAAAAAAAAGUGAUGUGAUAAUUAUAGAUGAUCCACAAGCUUUAUUGUUGUUACUUAUUGGCGGUGUUACUAAAAAUACGAGUGAUGGAAUGAAAAUUCGUGGUGACCUGAAUAUAUGCUUGAUGGGUGAUCCCGGCGUUGCAAAGUCUCAAUUACUUAAAUAUAUAUGUAAAGUUGCUCCAAGAGGUGUAUAUACAACUGGUCGUGGUAGUUCUGGUGUUGGUUUGACUGCAUCAAUUAAUCGGGAUCCAACAACUGAUGAAAUGAUUCUUGAUAGACCAAAUCUGGAUGAAGAUACUAAAUUAGCACAGCAUGUUGCUUAUGUUCAUUCAUUUGGUAAACAUCCAGUAAUGCAAACUGAAGUAGUGGAGGCUCAAAUGAUUAGACACUAUAUUGCUGAAGCAAGAAAUUGUCGUCCAACUAUUCCACCACCUGUUGGUUGGUAUAUGGUUGAUACAUAUAAACGACUUCGUCAAGAUCAAGCCGGUGGUGAUUUCAAAAAAAAGGAAUUUACUUUUACAAGUGCUCGUACCUUGCUAGCAAUGGUUCGAUUAGCACAAGCACGAGCACGCCUAGGGUUAAGAGAAGAGGUUAAUCAAGAUGAUGUCGAUGAAGCAUUGAGGUUAAUAUAUGUAUCUAAAGAAUCAUUAAAGGAUCCAGACACAAACAAUGACAAUUUUGAUAGAUCACCUACUUCUAUAAUUUACGGAAUUAUAAAAACAAUAAUAGCUAGAGAACGAUUAGUACUGGAAAAUCAUGGUGGAUUAUCAAUUGAUUAUUUGACUAUUAAACAAAGAGUUUUGGCAAAAGGUUAUACAGAAGAUCAGUUAUUAGAGUGCAUUCAAAAUUAUCAAGAACUUGCAGUUUGGACAUUGAGUAGGGAUCGAGACACAUUAACAAUACUUAAUAUCUGA